AACCUCCCAGCCAACCGCCUGAAGCGGAGCGAAGUUCCUCCGCCGGCUGCGCCCGUCUCCCGGCCGGCGGGGCAGCAGCGCCGCGCUCCGCAGCUCACGCCCGGCAGCCCCCGGGAACAGUGGAGUUUCCUCGCUGCUUCCCAACUUUCGCACCCGGGAAAGAAAUAUGGGAUGUAUAAAGUCAAAAAGGAAAGAGAAUCUGCAUGGAGAUGGGCUAGAUUUGAAGAAUCAAUCAGUACGUAAAACUGAACGAACUAUUUAUGUGAGGGAUCCAACGUCCAAUAAACAGCAAAGGCCAGCAAAUACAGAUGCACACCUUCUACCGGGACAGAUAUUUGCCAAUGAAGAGCCAGAAGAGCAUGGACUCAUUGUAGUAGCUCUGUAUCCUUAUGAUGGCCUUCAUGAAGAUGACUUGUCCUUCAAAAAAGGAGAAAAAUUGAAAGUUAUUGAAGAGCUGGGAGACUGGUGGAAAGCUAAAUCUCUUACAACAAAGAAAGAAGGUUUCAUUCCCAGCAAUUACGUAGCAAAAGUAAACACCUUGGAAACAGAAGAGUGGUUCUUCAAAGACAUAACUCGAAAAGAUGCUGAAAGGCAACUCCUGGCUCCUGGAAAUGGCCCUGGAGCAUUCCUUAUCAGAGAAAGUGAAACAUUAAAAGGCAGCUAUUCUCUGUCCAUAAGAGACUAUGAUCCCCAACAUGGUGAUGUCAUUAAGCACUACAAAAUUAGGAGUCUAGACAAUGGAGGAUUUUACAUCUCUCCAAGAAUAACUUUUCCCAGCAUCAAUGAUAUGAUCAAGCACUAUCAAAAACAAUCAGAUGGCUUAUGCAGAAAACUGGAAAAAGCUUGUAUUAGUCCAAAGCCUCAAAAACCAUGGGAUAAAGAUGCAUGGGAAAUUCCACGAGAAUCAAUUAAAUUAGUGAAGAAGCUCGGAGCUGGUCAGUUUGGAGAAGUCUGGAUGGGUUACUAUCAUAAUAGUACGAAAGUGGCUGUGAAGACUCUGAAGCCUGGAACGAUGUCUGUGCAAGCCUUUCUGGAGGAAGCCAACCUCAUGAAGACGCUUCAGCAUGAUAAGUUAGUUAGGCUUUAUGCUGUAGUGACCAAAGAAGAACCUAUUUAUAUAAUAACAGAAUUCAUGGCAAAAGGAAGCCUGCUGGAUUUUCUGAAGAGUGAUGAAGGAAGUAAAUUGAUGCUUCCAAAGCUAAUUGACUUCUCUGCUCAGAUUGCAGAAGGGAUGGCAUACAUAGAAAGAAAAAAUUAUAUCCAUCGAGACUUGAGAGCAGCUAAUGUUCUGGUUUCAGACUUACUGAUGUGCAAAAUUGCUGAUUUUGGACUAGCUAGAGUCAUUGAAGACAACGAAUAUACUGCAAGAGAAGGUGCAAAGUUCCCUAUUAAGUGGACAGCACCAGAAGCGAUUAACUAUGGAUCUUUCACUAUUAAGUCUGAUGUAUGGUCAUUUGGGAUUCUCCUGUAUGAAAUAGUUACUUAUGGAAAGAUUCCGUAUCCAGGUAUGAGCAAUUCAGAUGUGAUGGUCGCUCUUCAGCGUGGGUACAGAAUGCCACGAAUGGAAACCUGUCCGGCUGAGCUUUAUGAUAUCAUGAAAAACUGCUGGAAAGACAAAGCAGAAGAAAGGCCAACAUUUGAUUACCUACAGAGUGUACUUGAUGAUUUCUACACAGCAACAGAAGGGCAAUAUCAACAGCAGCCAUAGAAAAAAAGACCACUUUUUUUCUAUUGACAUGGAUCAUUGGCACAGACUAUUACUUGGAGAGACUGCUGUAACCAAUUACUUUGAGUUUGGACAUCUUAACCAAGUGUGGAAGCUGGAGUGCUGAAGGAAAGAGUAAUUCUGAGCAAAAUAAUCUUUUUUUUUUUUUUUUUUUUUGUGGUCAAAGAAGUUAUCUUUAAAUGCUUGGUAUUUUGCAGCUGCAGAAACAUCCCAAAUUGAGCAGACCUUUUGGAUUGGGAAGGGAGACAGAAGGAAAGCUUAUUCACCUGUGCCAUUUUUCAAAGCCUUCUUAGGCUCAAAGUCAUAAAAUGCAUUACAAGGAUCCCUUUAUAAAAGGCAUACACAAACAGUAGCUUUCAAAAGAAAAAGGAACAACCCCCUUACCUCUUACAUGUUUAAGUUGUUCCUCAUGACAAAGUCAUGACAAAUGCAGCAUACUGUUAAAAUUGUUUCUGUAUCCUUGUUAUUUCACAUUAGUAGUUGGAAUACCAUCAUCUCUUGUCAGACUUUCUAAAUAGUAUAAUGAUUUAUUUUAAGGAGGGGCUAUGGAUGUAGUUCUUGACAUUGAGAACAAUUGUUUUACUGCUGUUACUCAUGAAAUUUAAAAUCCUCUUCAAAGCAAUGCAACAGCCAUCUGAUGCAGAAGAGCAUCCAUGAAGGCAGGCUCAGCAGCGUGCCCAGCUCUGCGUUCAACCUCCAGUUUCCCACAAGGCCUAAGUUAUCAUCUGAAGUCAAUGGGAAAGCACAGGAUGGUGAAGGAAGUUCAUACAUUCAUUGCAAUCACUGCUACCCAUGGAAAUAUUGUAAGAUUAAUUUUUAAUCAUGUGAUUAUUCAAGAAUAUUUCUUAAUUUUUGCUGCUUCAAUCAACUAACCCUAAAGCGGUUUUAAAACUAAAACUAGCUCAAGCACAGCCCAAACCAAUUUGUGGAGAGAUGCAAUGGGAUUUUAAGUAAGUUAUAGCAUCUCUGCAAUUUAACUUUCCUCGUAUAUAAAUCUGUAGCUCUAAAAGGAAAUGCAGUUUGCUAUGCUCUAUAUAUCAAAUUGUUUUUAUCAAAAUGAUCAAACAGAUGAGCUAGUGCAAUUGCAAUGCACCUACAGUAUAGAUGUAGGUUUUUUCUUUUGAUGACACUGGCUCUCACCACUGAAACCCAGGACAUCUUUGCCACCUCUCACCUUACCCAGUUGUUCAGGGAAAUGGUACUUUGCAGAAGCUUCAGAUUCUUCAUUAAGCUUUGGUGUGCCUGCAGCUAAAGUUCAGCAGCAUCAGCAAUCAUUGCUUUUUCUCCAUCGGCUUCCUUCAGUCAAACUGUGCUGUUUAAGCAGACUAUCAGUUAAAUAUGUAAAUACUGUUUCUAUUAUAUGGUGAUUUUUAAUUUUAAAUAAACACUUAGUCUGAAACAA